AUGGAACCUCUAAUCGCCAUCCCAGCACCUAAAGAACCAGACCAAUCCACAAUGAUAAGUAUAGGUACGUCAAUCGUCCAGCAAAUCCAACAUCAUUUUUGGAGUAGGUACCUCCAUACUUUGCAAGAACAAAAAAAAUGGACUCGAGUCAUCCCCAACCUUCAGAUCGGAGACCUAGUUAUCAUCGAGGAGCCCACACCACCUCUCGCCUGGAAGACAGCAAGAGUGAUUGAAGUUCACCCUGGGAUGGAUGGAGUUGUCAGAGUAGUCAAAAUACAAAUCGCAACAGGCAAAGUGCUAACCCGGCCAGCAGUCAAGUUAUGUCCAAUGCCACUUCAUGAUUGA